AUGAAGGUUUGCAGUGCCAUCCUACUAUUGAUUGCUGCCGCAGUAUGCAAUGUCGAACAAGCUUCUGCUUUGCGAGGCAAUGGAAUGCGGGCUUCCGAUUUGCACAGGACUGAACGAAUUACCAGACGAAGAAAACUAAAGAAAGGAACCUCAGGAAAGGAACCAUACGAAAUUGUUGCUGAACACGAGGGUGGCCUAUUCGGAGCUGUGAAGAAAGUAGCCAAAAAGGCGAAGGAUAAGCAAGAGGCCGUGGCCGCAGCAGCAAUCGCAGCCAACAUCACUACCAGCAACGCUACUAGUGUUCCUACAGCUGUACCAGUGAACGAAACGCUACCCAGAGAUCUUCCAAUGUUCUCGCUCCAAUUUCACACUACUUCUGAUUACAAUCCUGCUGAUGACCUAUCAAAUUACGAUGAACUCGAGAUGUAUCUUGGCCAAUACCUAGGAGACCGAAUGGAUGAAGUCUUCAUGGACACUCCUGGAGAACAUCUUUUCACUGAAGUCUAUAUUGAUGAAACUGCCGAUCCGUUCAUCGUCGACGUGUAUGCUACUGCCAACUUUCGGAUUCCUGGACAAGUCCCAACGCACGAAUACUUGGUGCAGCAAACAAAGGAAGCUCUGACUGUGCAGGAGGACCCCGAUGAAUACGUCAAUGACUUUGACUAUCUGAUCGAGUCUGUUCGAUCCAUGAACACGACAAACCCUUUCCACAAGACUGUUGACAUUGUGUACGAGCCAUGGGCAAAAAAGAAUCCUGCAAAUAGUAGCAGCCAUUCGUCAUACUGGGCAUCGGUAUUCUCGUUGCUUGGUAUCACCGCUUUCCUCUCGCUCGCCAUUGUCAUUUCAUAUGCUUUCAAGAAGCAUCGCGAGUCUCGAUUCCUCCUUCAUGAUGAUCCACUGCAGUUGCAUGUUGUCGAGUCGCGAAGUGGCAUCAAUGGGAUGUCCUACAACGAUGAAGAAUCUCUUCGCCACGUGGACGCUGUCCGCAAACAGUAUUCCGAUUCGAAUAACCUUCCACAAAUUUCCUUCUUGGAAGAUCCUCAAGACCCCCAGCUGGAGCCAGCAGGAUCCUACGAGGCCCCCAUCUUUAUUGGAUACAAGGAUGAGGUAGUAGAAGAAGAGGAUGAAGAAGAAAAAUCCGUCUCGGAAGGUUCGGACGAAUAUACCGAACAAAUCGUCGAGGAUGAAGGCGAGAGUAUCGACGAAGAAGUCGACGACGAGACCAUCGAAGAAGAGUUCACAGACGAGCCACAAGAGCCGAAAGAGAGCAAUCUCGGUAGAUUUGAGCGUCUUCUAGGAAACCUUCGAAACAACGAGUCCGAUGAUGACGAAACUGUGGAAGAAGAAAUUAUUGAAGAUGAGGAUGAAGAAGAAGAGUCUCAGUCAUCCUACGAUGAACAAACAGUCGAGAGUGGAGAUCUCUUGGGUCUUAGCACGGUACCAGUACAGCUUCGAUCAGAAUCUUCAAGACCACUUGACCCUCCACAAGAGGAACCUCAAGUGGCCACAAAAGAUUUGUUUUCAAUGUGGGAGAACAAUGGCAACAAGCGAACAAUUGCACCCGUUGCAAGCCUAAAUGAGGACGAGGACGAGAGUGAAAGCCCAGCGGAAGCUCCUUCGGCUGACCCACCUGCACAAAAGAGUGGCCUGUUUUCUUUCUGGGCAAUUAAGGCCGGUGAAUCCAAAGACGAUGAUGAGUCAGCAGAGGAAGAAGUUGUCACUGAAACAGAAGAAGAACAAGCGAAAGAGGAGUCAAAUGAUGAUGAGUUAGAGCAUACUUUGGUUUAG